UUCUCUUAUGUUCCUCAUUUAUAUUAUACAUAAACCUCACUACCAAAUAUGUUUCAUGUCAAAAUUCAUUGUUUCUUAGAAAAAUCUUGUCAUGGAGAUGAAUUCAGAGUACGAGGAUGAUGUUUUUUAUGUAGAGAUCAAGAGACAGAUUCUGUUGUUGACAUCCGAAGAGAAUGAAGAUUUUGUUGAAACUAGAAGUGUUAAUGUUACUAAUGAUGGUUCAAAUUAUAGCAUUGGGAACAGUUUAACAACACCGACACGAAAAUUUUAUUUGUGGGAGACGGAAUCGCCGCCGAUUUGGCUAGUGAAUUUGUGGAGGAAUGGUAAAGGUACCGGAGUGUUCAUUCCUCAAGUUUCAUGCAAAGAAAAUCAUAAAUCAGAGAGAAUGAACAAUAGGAGGAGGAGGAAGACCUAUAGACAAGUGGUGAAUAAGAAAUGAAGAAGCAUAUGCUGAGGAAAAUUGAACAUUGUAUAGCUUGCUCAUAAGAGAGAAUAGGUUGUGAAAAAUUAUCUUUCAUGAUAUAUCUAUGUACAUAUAAU